AUGACCAAUGAUACUACUAUUUCUGAGUUCGUACUGCUUGGAUUUGGAGAAUUCUCAAAACCACAAGUACUUCUCUUCUCACUCUUCUUAGUGAUUUACAUAUUGUCUAUGGUUGGAAAUUUCAUCAUUAUCAUUUUGGUUGUGAUAAACCAACACUUCCACACUCCCAUGUACAUUUUUCUUGCAAAUCUGGCUUUCAUGGAAGCCUGCUGCAGCUCUGCCGUAAUACCUAAAAUGUUGUCAGUCCUAUUAACAGGAGAUAACCAUAUACUUUUUCAAUCUUGUUUUAUACAGUUUUAUAUAUAUGCCUGCCUAGAAGGUACUGAAUGCUAUCUUUUAGCAAUGAUGUCUUAUGACAGAUACCUAGCUAUAUGCAAGCCACUUGAUUAUGCUACUCUCAUGAGUUGGAAGCUGAGUUUCAUCUUAGCAGCUGUGUCUUGGGCAGCUGGGUUGAUGGUGAGCACAACCUUAACUUUGAAUAUAUUAUGGUUAUCUUUUUGUGGUCCAAAUAAGAUUGAACAUUAUUUCUGUGAUGCUAUUUUUAACAUAAGAGAGAUCUCUUGUAGUGACACCUAUCUUGUUGAACUAUCUUCCUUUAUUUUUACCUAUAUAUUUACCCUGCCUCCACUUUUUCUCGUCUUCACCUCUUAUACUUCCAUCAUUGUCACUAUCCUGAGAACGUCAUCAAUCACUGGAAGGCAAAAAGCUUUCUCCACCUGUUCUUCUCAUCUCAUUGUGGUUGGCUUGUAUUAUGGAACAUUUAUGCUUCUCUAUCUUCUCCCCAGAACCAAGAAAGUGACACAUGUUAAAAAAUUCUUCUCUCUCUUCCAUACAGCUUUGACUCCCAUGAUUAAUCCUCUCAUAUACAGUCUUAGAAAUAAUGAAGUUAAAGAUGCCUUAAACAGUUGGCACAAGAGAUUUAUAUCAUACAUGUCACUUCAUAAUGCAAAAUUUUGGAAGUAA